AUGGUGAAAAGUAUUUUGAACGAUUUUGCCGUCUUAACGAUAUUCUCUACAAAUUACAUAAUUAUAAAAUUUUUCGUAAAUCCCACCGUUUACGAAAACGAACACGGCAACACCCUGUACAUACACAGCAAGCAUGGAAUCACCCUGUACAUACACAGCAAGCAUGGAAUCACUCUGUACAAACCCAUCAAGCACGCCAUCACCCUGUACAUACCCAGCCAGCAUGGAAUCACCCUGUACAAACACAUCAAGCACGCCAUCACCCUGUACAUACCCAGCCAGCAUGGAAUCACCCUGUACAUGCACAUCAAACACGGCAUCAUUCUGUAUAUACCCAGCCAGCAUGGAAUCACCCUCUACAAGCACAUUAUACACGGCAUCACCCUGUACAAACACAUCAAGCAUGCCAUCACCAUGUACAUACCCAGCCAGCAUGGAAUCACCCUGUACAUGCACAUCAAGCCUGGCAUCACCCUGUACAUACCCAGCGAGAACAACAUCACCCUAUACAAACACAUCAAGCACGGCAUCACUCUCAACAUACCCAGCGAGCAUGGAAUUACCCUGUACAAGCACAUCAAACACAGUAUCACCCUGUACAAGCACAUUAAACACGGCGUCACCCUGUACAAGCACAUCAAGCACGGCAUCACCCUAUACAAACACCUCAAGCACGGCAUCACCCUGAACAUGCAGUUCAAGCACAUCAUCACCCUCAUCACCCUGUACAUGCACAUCAAUUACAGCAUCACCCUGUACAAGCUUAUUAAGCAGGGGAUCACCCUGGACAUGCACGUCAAGCACGGUAUCACCCUGUACAAGCACAUCAAGCAUGACAUCACCCUGUACAUACCCAGCGAGCACGGCGUCACCCUAUACAUACAUAGCAAGCAUGAAAUCACCCUGUACAAGCAUAUCAAGCUCGGCAUCACCCUGUACAUACCCAGCGAGCAUGGAAUCACCCUGUACAAGCACAUCAAACACAGUAUCACCCUGUACAAGCACAUCAUACACGGCAUCACCCUGUACAUACCCAGCGAGCACGGCAUCACCCUGUACAUACUCAGCGAGCAAUAA